AUGGUUCAGAAGCACCACGUGGUCGUGUUCUCGUCUCCUGGAAUGGGCCACCUCAUCCCGCUCGUCGAGCUCUCCAAGAAGCUCGUCACGGCCCACGACCUGUCCAUCACCCUCGUCGUCCCGUCCUUGGGGCCGCCUCCCAAGGCCCAAGCUCAGGUGCUCGAGUCGCUCCCACCCGGUUCGAUCAACCACGUCCUCCUCCCUCCGUCCGAUCCGUCCAAGUUCCCAACCGGUUUCCGAAUCGAGACCCUGAUUUGUCUCACCGUCGCCCAUGCGGUUCCCGCCCUUCGCGAGGCGCUCAGGUCACUGGUCGAGAGGGUUGGAAGGCCGGUGGCUCUGAUUGCUGACUUCUUCUGCACCGACACGUUCGACGUUGCCAGGGAAUUCGGUGUGCCGAGUUACCUGUUCAUCCUCAUGAAUGCCACGGUAUUGUCCAUGUUACUUCAUCUCCCCAGACUCGACCAGGAUGUAUCCGGUGAGUACGGGGACAUGGAUCGCCCUAUCCGGCUCCCCGGUUGCAGGGUUGAUCUCCCCGGUUCGGAUCUGCCCGACCCGCUUCUCGACCGGAAGGACGACGCCUACAAAUGGUUCAUGCACAACGCCAAACGUUUAAAUCUGGUGGAUGGAUUCCUGGUAAACAGCUUCACGGAAUUGGAAGGAGAGACCAUUCGGUAUUUGCAAGAGAAUCCCGGACCCGAGAAGAAACCGGUCUACCCGGUUGGACCCAUCAUCCAAUCCGGCCAAUCCAACGGUUUGACCGAUCCGAGCGGGUGCGUGAAAUGGCUGGACGAUCAACCAACCGGUUCGGUCGUGUUCAUUUCGUUCGGCAGCGGCGGGACUCUGUCUACGAAGCAGCUGAAGGAGCUGGCAUUGGGUCUGGAGAUGAGCGAGCAACGUUUCCUCUUGGUGGUGAGAAGCCCAAACGACGCGGCCACCGAUGCCUCGUAUUUCAGCGCAAAUAGCGCUUCGAACCCGGUCGAUUUCCUGCCCGAAGGGUUUGUGGAGCGAACCAGAGGCAGAGGCAUGGUGGUUCCGUCGUGGGCGCCGCAAAUCCAAGUGCUUGGCCACCGGGCCACGGGCGGGUUCGUGAGUCACUGCGGGUGGAACUCGACGAUGGAGAGCAUAGUGAAUGGGGUGCCGCUGAUCGCCUGGCCGCUGUACGCGGAGCAGAGGAUGAACGCGGUGCUGCUGGAGAAGGAUUUCGAGAUCGCGUUGCGGCCGGAAGCAGGGGAAGACGGGGUGAUCGUGAGGGAAGAGAUCGCGAGGGUCGUGAAGGGGCUGAUGCGAGGGGAAGAAGGUGCGGCGGUUCGUGAGAGAAUGGCGAAGUUGAAGGUGGCGGCGGCGGAGGCAGUGAAGGAGGGAGGUUCUUCCACCAUGGCGUUGGGUGAAUUGGUAUCUAAGUGGGGAGAAGAGCCAUUAGAAUAG